AUGAGUCCCAAAAUCAAAUGUCUAACUUUGCUUGUUGCAAUCUUUGCGGUACUUUUGGCGUCCAUGUCCCAUCUCAUAAGUAGCCCAAUAUUACCAUCAUCCUUCAAAGACUUUGUUAAUCUUUCUCUAACCAGCUUAUUAUCAUCACCAAUUAUUUCACCUCUUAUCUCAUACACAAUUAGCAGGCACCAUAAUCAUGAUCACCAACGCAAAAAACGUCCAGACAAGGGCAAAGACUCGUCGAUCUGCGACGAUUUUCAACCUCAAUUUCCUUCUGUAGAUGCUAACACAACCUCUAUUCUUUGCGUGGAUCGAAACGGAUGUUGCAAUUUCACCACAGUUCAAGGCGCUAUAGAUGCAGUUCCUACCACUCCUCCUAGCCAGAAAAGAACCAUAAUAUGGAUUAAUUCUGGCCUUUACUAUGAGAAAGUGACGAUUCCGAGAACCAAACCGAACAUAACGUUUCAAGGACAAGGCUAUACUUCGACGGCAAUUGUCUGGAACGACACAGCGAACUCAUCGCGUGGAACGUUCUUUAGUGGCUCCGUUCAAGUUUUCUCUGACAAUUUUAUCGCCCAGAACAUAAGCUUCAUGAAUGUAGCUCCUAUUCCGAAGCCUGGAGAUGUUGGAGCACAAGGAGUAGCAAUGAGGGUGUCAGGAGACCAAGCUGCGUUCUGGGGUUGUGGAUUCUUUGGAGCACAAGACACUCUUCAUGAUGAUAAGGGGCGGCAUUACUUCAAAGAUUGCUACAUCCAAGGCUCUAUUGAUUUCAUCUUUGGAAACGCAAGGUCCUUGUAUGAGGACUGCGUGCUGAUUUCCAUGGCAAACCCGGUGGCAGAGGGGUCAAAGUUUAUAGACGGAUGUGUGACCGCGCACGGCAGAACCUCAAAAGACGAAAACACAGGCUUUGCAUUCGUCAACUGCACCAUUGGAGGCACUGGUAGAGUUUGGCUUGGUCGAGCUUGGAGGCCAUUUUCACGUGUCGUCUUUGCCCACACAACAAUGUCCGAUAUCAUUGCCCCUGAGGGUUGGAAUGAUUUCAAUGAUCCAACACGAGACCAGACUAUUUUCUAUGGUGAAUAUGACUGCUCAGGCCCGGGGGCUAAUAUGAGCAUGAGGGCUCCUUAUAUACAAAGACUGAAUGACACAGAAGCUUCUGUUUUCAUUAAUGCGUCUUUCAUUGAUGCCAACCAAUGGUUACUACCCCACGCUACUUAA